AUGCCACCGCGAUACUUCAAAAAUGACGCCGAGCUGUCGAGGAGAGACCCCCACCGCCAAGUCGAAGCCUCACUGAUCCGCCUCGUCACCGAGCAUCCCCCGCAAUCCAUCACCCCCGGAGGCGGCCUCUUCAAAGGCCCCAUAAGCGUAGCCUACACCCUAAUGAAACUGCACCAGCUCUACCCUCACCUCGAGAUCGAAUCCCGCACCCUCGCCGCCUGGUCCGCCGACUACCUGCGCUACGCCCAGGACAACAUCGCCACCUACCCCGGCCCGACGGUCGGGUUAUGCGGCAUCAUGGACGACAUCAUGUGCCUGCUCGCCAUCGGCGCCGCGAGCAACAAAGACGCCAGCAUCGCCGCAGACCUGUGCGACUACUCCGCCGAAGUGCUCGACCCAGAAAGUGUGAACGAGUUCCUCUUCGGGCGCGCAGGAUAUCUCUACCUCCUGCGCCUCGUCAAGGCCUCUUUCCCCGACGACCCUCAGACGCUGCAACUCCUCACCGACACGCAAGACGACGUGAUCGACGAAAUUCUCGCCUCCCCGCGCCCCUGGAAGUGGCACAGCAAAGCGUACGUCGGCGCCAUUCACGGUGCAAUCGGCAUCAUUACCCAAAUCGUCCUCAGCAACCCAGCAAAGUACGCGCCGAAACUCGAGGCCGAGCUCGCCGUCGUCUUGACCUACCAAUUCCCCUCCGGCAACUUCCCUUCCUCCGUGCCGCCGGAGAAAGACCGCCUAGUGCAAAUCUGCCACGGCGCGCCAGGCGUCAUCGUCAGUCUGAAAAGUAUCGAGCGCUACUUCCCCGCGCUCAAAGACAAAAUCGACAAGGCCAUCACGAAUGGCAGAGCGUGCAUCUGGGAGCGUGGACUUCUAACCAAAGAACCGUGUAUCUGCCACGGCAUCUCAGGCAACGCCCUCGCCCUCGCCGACGCCGAAUUCGAGCACUUCCUCACCUACACCACCGGCCACGAGAUCCUCUCCAUGGAGAAGGACGGCAUGCUCGACCGCUCGUCAGCGCCCGAGUCGCUGUUUGGCGGCGAAGCGGGGCGCGCGUGGUGCUGGGCUGUGGCGGAUUUGGGGCUCGACAAGACGGUGUUGGGGUAUAAUGACCUUUGA